GGGUGAAGUGGGUGGGAUCGUCAUGUGCAGGUCACUUCGGAAGAAAACUCAAAUCACAAGACGCCUCUGGAUGUGGGUGCAGAAAUGUUGCACAAAAUCAUUAGCUUGACAGUCAGGGAUGUGAGAUUCCCGACGUCUCUGGAGCAGCACGGCUCCGACGCGAUGCACACCGACCCGGAUUACUCGGCCGCGUACGUGGUUCUGGACACGGACUGUGGACUGAGGGGCUUCGGCCUUACGUUCACGUUAGGAAAGGGCACAGAGAUCGUGGCGUGUGCCGUCGAGGCCCUGGCUGGGCUGGUUGUGGGGAAAUCUCUGCAGGAGAUAGUGAGCGACUUCCGCGGGUUUUACCGCCUCCUGACCAGUGAUGGACAGAUGAGAUGGUUAGGCCCAGAGAAAGGAGUGACCCACUUGGCCACGGCUGCAGUCCUGAACGCCGUGUGGGACCUGUGGGCGAGGGCCGAGGGCAAGCCGCUGUGGAAGCUGCUGGUUGACAUGGACCCAAAGCAGAUCGUGUCAUGCAUCGACUUUAGAUACAUAACGGACGCGCUCACCGAGGAGGAAGCUCUGGACAUUCUUGUGAAAGCACGGGAGGGCAAGUUGCAGAGAGAGACUCAGAUGCUGAGCGAGGGUUAUCCUGCCUACACCACCUCCUGUGCUUGGCUCGGAUACUCGGACCAGCUGCUCAAACAGCUUUGCACAGAUGCACUUAAAAGCGGUUGGACCAGGUUUAAGGUGAAGGUUGGCGCCGAUCUAGAGGAUGACGUGCGCAGAUGCCGCCUGAUUAGGGAAAUGAUUGGACCCAGUAACACAUUGAUGAUUGAUGCCAACCAGAGGUGGGACGUAGCCGAGGCCAUAAGCUGGGUGUCCAGUCUGGCUGAGUUCAAACCUCUUUGGAUCGAGGAGCCCACGUCUCCAGACGACAUCCUGGGUCACGCUGCCAUUUCUAAGGCUUUGGCUCCUCUUGGGAUUGGAGUGGCAACAGGGGAGCAGUGUCACAACAGGGUGAUGUUUAAGCAGUUCCUGCAGGCGUCCGCGCUGCAGUUCGUCCAGAUAGACAGUUGUCGGCUGGGCAGCGUCAACGAGAACCUGGCCGUGCUGCUGAUGGCCCACAAGUUCCAAGUACCCGUGUGUCCUCAUGCCGGAGGAGUCGGCCUGUGCGAGCUCGUCCAGCAUCUCAUUUUGUUCGACUACAUCUGUGUGUCUGCGGAUCUCAGCAACCGAAUGUGUGAAUAUGUCGACCACCUCCAUGAGCACUUCACUUGCCCGGUGGUAAUUAAAGACGCCCACUACAUGCCUCCGAAGGAUGCAGGUUAUUCUUGUGAGAUGCUGGAGUCGUCUGUGAAGAAACACCAGUAUCCUGAAGGAGAAGUAUGGAAGUGCCACGUGAAGAAAUAAGGACUGCAUUUUUCACUGCUAAAUUUAUAAUUAGUGGGCAAGAUCUGUGAAACGUUUUUAUAUAAUAAAACUAAACCAAGCUGUGAUUUCA